AGGCAUUCAAAUUCUGGGCUUAAUAUACAAUUUACAAUGCAAAAUACAAAGCAAAUACCGGAACCCAGGAUAUGUAAACCAGCCAAAUCAUAUAAAAAAUCAUCUUUUGUUGAUAUUUAUGAAAUAUUGCAAUCUUUGCGCAAUGGUGAAGUUUUUUGUGACAUUAAACUUGAAACAGAAGAUAACAAAAUAAUAUUCGCACAUAAAGUAGUUUUAGCAUCGGCUAGUCCAUAUUUCUAUGCUAUGUUCACAAAAUUUGUAGAAAGGAAUCUUGAUCUUGUUGUAAUAAGACAGAUAGACUCAAUCGCUUUACUGCUCUUAGUAAACUUUAUUUAUUCGGGGCAAAUUAUAGUCACUGAAGAAAACGUCCAGGAUUUGUUACCAGCUGCAAAUCUCUUGCAGUUAGAAGAAGUAAAAGAAGCAUGUUGUGAUUUUUUACAGACACAACUCUGCCUUGAAAAUUGUAUUGAUAUAAACACAAUAGCCGAUUUACAUAGCUGUACGGAAUUGUUAACAAGUUCAGAACGAUAUAUUCAACAACACUUUUCAGAAGUUGUUGGUGGUGACGAUUUUCUAUCUUUAUCAUCAGCACAAGUAAUUAAGUUGAUCUCCAGUGAUAAACUUAAAGUUCCAUCUGAAGAAAAAGUAUUUGAAAGUGUUAUUCGUUGGGUAAAACAUGAAUUGGGUUCAAGAAAAUGUGUUUUACCCCAUUUAAUGGAAUACGUACGUUUACCAUUAACAUCAAAGAACUACAUAAUAGAUAAAGUUGUUGAGGAACCUCUUAUUAAAAAUUGUUUUAAAUGUAAAUAUUACAUCAGUGAAGCAUUAAAUUUUCAAAUACUGAAGGCACAAGAGCUUAUUCCACAAAACAUCCGGCAUAAACCUAGAUAUGGAGAUAAAGUUAUAUUAGUUGUUGGUGGAAUGGAUACUGACGUAAGUAAGAGUAUAGAAUGGUAUGACCCAAAAACAGACCGAUGGCAGUAUGGACCAGAAGUGAUUACAAGCCAUGAAGGAGCUGGUCUAGCCGUAGUCAAAGAUAAUUUAGUGUUUGCUGUGGGUGGUUUUGAUGAAGAUAAUGUUGAUUCUCUUCGGUCUGUUGCUGUGCUUGAUGUUUCUUCAGAAUCACCUUGUUGGAAACAAUCGGUUGACAUGAUAGUGAAAAGAGAAUAUCCAGUAGUUGGUGUAAUAAACGAUUAUCUAUAUGUCGUUGGCGGAUAUAAUAAUGACGAUGGAGAUUUAAAUAGUGCAGAAAUGUUUGACUACAAUACUCAAGAAUGGCGCAUGAUAUCUGGUUUGUCUUUUAUAAGAUCUUACUUUGGGGCCGGAGUCCUGGAUAAUCUUUUAUACGUGGUAGGAGGAUAUGGUCAAUCAUUACAGGAUUUAGACACUGUUGAAUGUUAUCAUCCCAGUCAUGAUACAUGGAAAACAGUUGCAAAAAUGUCUGUGUGUCGCAGUGGUGUUGGAGUAGGAGUUAUAGACGGUGUACUGUAUGCUAUAGGUGGUCAUGAUGGAUUUAACUACCUUAGUAGUGUUGAAGCAUACAGACCAAGUACAGGAGUUUGGACUUCUAUAACAGAUAUGCAUUUGCCUCGAAGACAUCCUGGAGUAGUUACAUUGGACGGUUUAUUGUAUGUCGUCGGUGGAUAUGACAACUCUUCCGUUUUGUAUUCUACAGAAUGUUACAACCCACAAACCAAUUCUUGGACCAUGGUCACAGCGUUAAUGAAUGAUGAACGGAUUCAAGCAGGAGUAGUAGCCAUUAAUAGGUCCAGACAUUUUACAACUUGUUAG